AUAUGAAGGCAUGAAGCACACCUAAAAUGAUCAAAUCAGCUCAUUAUAUGAAACACAUCCUAAUCGGUUUUUUAAGUCUGAAGAGUUAAGACAGAGAAGUCAAACGACCAGCACGUAUAAAAGCGCAGACUCUCUUUCCUUCUUCCUCUCUCUCUCUCUCUCUCCGUCUCUCAUCAGAAACUGACGUCAGCUUAACGUAGCCUAGCAGAGACAUGGAAGAGAGACCGAAGAAGCUACUCAUUCUCUACGCCACUCAAACCGGAAACGCCUUAGACGCCGCCGAGCGAAUGGGCCGCGAAGCCGAGCGCAGAGGCUGUUCCGUCCACCUUCUCUCCCUCGACCAAUACGACGCCAGUUGCUUGCCUCAGGAGGGCGCUGUAAUUUUCGUUGUUUCUACCACAGGCCAGGGUGACACUCCCGAUUCCAUGAAGGGAUUUUGGAAAUAUCUAUUGCAGAGAAAUCUAAGUAGGCAAUGGCUGGAGGGACUUAACUAUGCUGUUUUUGGAUUGGGUGAUUCUGGUUACCAAAAAUUUAAUUUUGUUGCCAAGAAGCUUGACAGAAGGCUUUUGGAUCUCGGGGCAACCCCUAUUGUGGAAAGAGGUUUAGGAGAUGAUCAGCAUCCAUCCGGAUAUGAAGCUGCUCUGGAUCCUUGGAUGGCAUCUUUGUGGAACAUGUUGAAUACAAUCAAUUCCAAAUACUUCCCGAGUGGCCCAGACUUUUUGAUUCCAUAUGAGAAUUUGAUUGCUCAACCGAAAAUUCGGAUUAUGUAUCAUGACAUUGACAAGGCGGAUUCACAACUUUCAACCGAUCCAGACUUGAAUCACAUUGAGUUGCAGAUUGAAAGAGCUCGCAAAAUGUCUGCUGUAAAGUAUUCUCUUGACAAGAAUAGGCCUGACUGCAUUCUUAAAUUGGUCAAGAAUCAACCAUUGACUAAAUCAAGUAGUAAAGAUAAAGAGGUGCAUCACUUUGAAUUUGAAUUUGUUUCAUCUGCUAUUGAAUAUGAAGUUGGUGACGUCCUUGAGAUUCUCCCCAGUCAAAAUCCUGCUGCAGUAGAUGCUUUCCUACUUCGUUGUAAUUUGGACCCUGAAGCAUUCAUCACUGUCCAUCCCUUAGAGACGGAGAAUCAGCUUCUUGAUACUCAUGUUCCCAUCAAAUUAAAAACUUUUGUUGAGUUGACAAUGGAUAUUGCAUCAGCUUCCCCUAGACGUUAUUUCUUUGAGGUCAUGAGUAUGUUUGCAACAGCUGAGCAUGAAAAGGAAAGACUUCAGUAUUUUGUGUCACCUGAAGGAAGAGAUGACCUAUAUCAAUACAAUCAGAGGGAACGGAGGACUGUUCUGGAGGUAUUAGAGGAUUUCCCCUCUGUUCAAAUGCCAUUUGAAUGGCUGGUACAGUUGGUUCCUCCUUUGAAAACGAGGGCUUUCUCCAUCGCCUCCUCCCCUUCGGUUCACCCUAAUCAAGUGCACUUAACAGUGAGUGUAGUAUUAUGGACAACACCUUUCAAAAGAAAUCGAGCAGGUCUUUGUUCAAGUUGGCUAGCCAAGCUUGAUCCCGAACAAUGUGUUCAUGUUCCAGUGUGGUUCCAGAAAGGCUCCCUUCGUCCCCCACCACCAUCACUUCCUCUUAUUCUCAUUGGACCUGGAACUGGAUGUGCGCCCUUUCGUGGAUUCAUUGAGGAAAGAACCAUACAAAGUUUGACCCGUUCUACUGCUCCGGUCAUGUUCUUCUUUGGAUGCAGAAAUGAGGACAACGAUUUCUUAUACAAAGAGUUUUGGUUAUCUCAUUCACAAAACAACGGGGUACUUUCAGAAGCGAAGGGUGGAGGCUUUUAUGUUGCCUUCUCAAGAGACCAGCCACAGAAAGUCUAUGUGCAGCAUAAGAUGCGGGAACAUAGCCACAGGGUGUGGAAUUUGCUUGGUGAGGGGGCUGCAAUCUAUGUAGCUGGUUCUUCGACAAAAAUGCCCUCAGAUGUAUUAUUAGCGUUUGAGGAAAUUAUCUCCAAAGAAAGUGGGCUUCCUCAGGAAUCUGCAGUCAGAUGGCUUAGGGCUCUGGAAAAGGCUGGCAAAUACCAUGUUGAAGCAUGGAGUUGAAUGCUGUUUGAAUCUUAACAUCCAAAAUCUUUUGGUUGGAAUAUGAGAAAGUAGCUUCACAGUGAAGCCCUAGAGAUCGAAACGUUCAUGAAUUUGCAUUUUUAUACGUAACCUAGGCGAUUUUAGACGAUGGAGAUAGCUUCUGCUACACAUUGAAGGGAUCACAGGCUAGGCCUCAAGGCCUGGUAAGUUGAUCUCAAAUUUUUCUUUUGGUUAAUUCUUCAAUUGGCCUUUUUCUUAGGUAGAAAAGGAAUCAAUUAUUCUGAUUCAUGGGUUAUUGUCACCCUGCUAAAUAUUUGUAUUUGUAAAAGGAAAUAUAUGUCAUUGAGAAUUUCAGUUACUUCCUUA